AUGGAUUUGAGGUUUGCCAUCAUUUGUUCCAGCAAUCAAAAUCGGAGCAUGGAAGCCCACAAUUUUUUAAAUAAAAAGGGCUUAAACGUUCGUUCAUUUGGAAGUGGAACACACGUGAAAUUGCCAGGCUUAACACCCGAUAGACCCAACAUUUACGACUUUAACACGACUUACGACGAUAUGUACAGAGACCUCAUGAACAAAGACAAACAAAUGUACACGCAAAAUGGUUUGUUGCACAUGCUAGAUAGAAACAGGAGAAUCAAACCAAAGCCUGAAAGAUUUCAAACCUCUAAGGAAAAGUUUGAUGUGAUCAUCUGCUGUGAAGAAAGAGUCUACGAUCAAAUUCUUGAAGAUAUUGAAAAUCGAGAAAAACUGGACAUAUCUCCAGUGCACAUAAUCAACAUAGACAUUCAAGACAACCAUGAAGAGGCCACAGUAGGCGCCAUCAUGAUUUGUGAACUUUGUACUCUAUUGAACCAAUGUGAAGACUUGGACAACGAAAUAGAUGAACUAUUACAGGAGUUUGAGCACCAAUGCAGAAGAACUUUGCUACAUACCAUUGCUUUCUAUUGA